CGCAAUAAAGAAGUGCUCUGUGAAGCAACAGCAGAGGUGCCGCAGCCCUGAACCCAAACUUUGGUAACCCUACUCCAUGACCUGUGGACAAGGACCUUUGUGUCCUGACAUGCCUGUGAAAGGUGCCCUAUCCCAGGCAGUGUACAGCCAGCCAUGGAGCAGCAGGCCUGGAUAUUGAGGAGCUUCCUGGACCAGCUGGAGAGACAGGAGGCUGUGGAUCAGGGGGCACCGAACGGCAUUCUUGGGGAGUUUGCUAGGUUGAAGAGCCAGUCAACCAGGUACCGUACUGACAAGACCUACCCCUCCAAGACAGCAGAAAAGCAGGAAAACAUCAAGAAGAACCGUUACAAGGACAUUGUUCCCUUUGACCACAGCAGAGUAAAGCUCACUCUCACCACAGUUAAAAAUGACACGGACUACAUCAACGCUAGUUUCAUCAAGGGAGUGUCGGGCUCAAGGGCAUACAUUGCUACUCAGGGUCCUCUGCCCCACACAGUGCUGGACUUCUUGAGGAUGCUUUGGGAGUACAACAUAAAGGUCGUAGUGAUGGCCUGUCGAGAGUUUGAAAUGGGAAAGAAAAAGUGUGAGCGCUACUGGCCACAGAAACAAGAGCAGCCAUUUGUUUGUGAGCCUUUUACAGUUUACUGUGAUUCUGAGGAAAAUAAAGGAGAUUAUUUGACAAGGGUGUUAAGGGUGACUUACCGCAAUUGUAGCCGAACUUUGAAACAGCUGCACUACGUCAACUGGCCAGAUCACGGUGUACCAGACUCCAUCCCUCCCAUUCUGGAAAUGUUGCAUGAGAUGCGUUUCUAUCAGGCCCAUGAUGAUAUCCCUAUCUGUAUUCACUGCAGCGCUGGCUGUGGGAGAACAGGAGCCCUGUGUGUCAUCGAUUACACUUGGAACCUUCUGAAGAAACAGAUGAUCACUCCAGAUUUCAAUAUCUACGACUUAGUUCAGAACAUGAGAACCCAGAGGCCCUCAGUGGUUCAAACCAAGGAACAAUAUGAGCUGGUGUACAGAACCAUCAAGUUACUGUUUCAGAGACAUUUGCAGUCCAUGGAUGCACAGACCCACCGACAUGAGGUGACCAUGGUCCCGUCUGCUAUCAGGCAUGACACUGAAUGCGAGCUCUUGGAUCUGAAUGACAAGUUGGAUUUAAUGCCACAAUUCCAACACCUGUUGGAUGAGGAGAGGGAUGUUUUACCACAGCACCACAAACCCUUGCCUUCCACUUCAGAUAAUCUCAUUGUGUUGAGAGCUAAGGACAAGCAGAUGGACCAGCAACAAUGGAACCUACUAUGCACCUUUCCCGAUACUGUGGUCACCAGCCAGGAGCUGCAGGAGGGACCCAGGGCCUCACCCAAAGAGGUGAAGAAGAGCCAGAGAGCGCCCACCGUGGAGGAUACUGUGAAGGAAAGUGAUGACAUACCAUCACUGAAGCCUCCACCUACACCAGUUGUGGCUGAAACCAUUUGUCUGAUGGUGGAGGACCCCUACUUUGACACUCCUAUGAGCUCCCCUUCAGAGGAGGUACCCAUGGACUCUACUGAAGACACCGAACAGUGGACAGUUAGCCCCAUCUUCAGCGUACCCGCUUUGUCUCUGAAUGAUCACAAUGUUACUUCUCCUGUCUCAGCUCAUUCAGAUGAAGAAGCACCUCCUCCGCUGCCUGAACGAACCCCUGAGUCCUAUGAAAUGGCUUUGGACGCAGAGCCCUCAGAUCCCUGUGAAACGUUAUCACUUAUCAUUCCACCUAACGCUGCUGCUGAGGCUGUCAGGGAGUUGAGAGGCUGCCCCCCUUCACCUGUCCCUCCACUUCCAGAGAGAACCCCAGAAUCAUUUCAGCUGGAUAUUGAUCAAGCUCCCGUGGAGCAGAACUUCGAGGUCGCACCAGCAGUGAACCUGAGCAGAAUAGGAAUGUCUUCAGAAUGGUCUGGUAUCUCGAGGCCAGCUGCAACUGCAUCUCUGAAUGAGACGAAACCUUGGGUGAGGAGUAAGAGUCUGAAAGUAAAAAUGAGCUUCACAGCACCAGUAACACAUUUUGAUGUUGCAUCAAACUCAACUUCAAACCUCUAUCCUCCCCUUCCACCUGAGGACCCACUGAUCCCGCAGCUGCUUUCUCACACUGAAGACAACCUGAUUCCUCCCCUUCCUGACAGAACCCCAGAAUCCUUCAUCUUCAAAGCAGAAGAGAUUCAUGUGAAAUCUGCCCUCCGCCCGCAGCCCUUAGAAACAACACAGGCCUCACCAAGGGUAGGCAUGUCAUCUGAGUGGGAUGGCAACUCUCAGCCCAAGAAAUUCCUUGAUGUUGCCAUGAGCAGAAGCAAGACUGUUCGAGUUAAAGGUUCAAGACAUGAGCCCCUUACUGCAGUUCAGCAGAUCGCUACAUCUCCUGUGGUCGUGGCUGGAGCAGGAAGUGCACAAGUGGGACAGCACGAUGUGAACCACAGGCCCUCUCUGAACGCCGAGACAUCAGGAAACAAAUCAGACAAAAGCAACGAGAGGGGAAUGUGUCGAACAAAGAGUCUGAAGUUUUUUAGACACAAACAAAAACCUAAAAUUGCCCCUCCACCUCCUCCUAAUCAACCUGGAAACCCACCUCCAACAAAUGGCGGCUCAUUUUCAGUGUUCAAAUUUGGAUUUGGGAACCGUUUUGGAAAGCCAAAAGGCCCGAGGAGCUACCCAGAGACCUGGAUUUGAGGCAGCCACUCCUCUCUAAACAUCAAAAGCGGAGCUGUUCUUGUACUAGCACAGCUGAAGGACUUGGAAAUUUGGGUGUUCAAGUACCCCUUGAAGAUCACAUACAGUAUAAAUGAAAAGCACCAAAGGCUGCUUCUCUUUGUCUUGCACAGCACAGUAGCACCCUCAGCAGAGAACAAACAGGAAGUGCCUUGUUGCCAGCUCUCAUACGUUUUGUACUGUAUAUGAACUAAAGUUGAUUUUAACUAUUGACCAGCGAUGAACAACAUAGACAGCCACAAAAUUCACAGUGAGAAAUGUUACAUUUCUUGUUUAAGGCAAUGCUGUUAAUUUCGAGAGAGAUAUAUUUAGUUGAAUGUGUGUGUGUGUCUGUGUGUGUCUGUUUAUGCUUAUGGCAAGAAAUAAGAAAACGGGUAUAACAUUGCAUCUAGAUUAUUAUCAUGCGUGUCAUUUAGUUUUGCAUUUAUGCCAUAAUUCACACUCCUGUCAUCUGUCGUUUUUAAACGAACUUAAAAGCAUAAAUCUGUGAAAAAUGGUACAGUAAGGUACAGUAGAGUGGAUGUGAUGCAUAUUAAAUAUGCAUUUAAUGUAACUGUACAUUUAAACUGUGUUACAUAAAGUGGUUACACACAGAAUUAUUUAUUAAAAAAUAUAGAAAGUC